AUGAGUAAGGUGAGCAACGGAUCGGCCAAAACUGGUCAUAACGGCCAAAGUAACGGUGAGAGCGCACCAAUCAAACCGAUCUAUAAGCGAGAGCUGGUGUAUCACCACAUAAUAUGGAUGCCUUUCGUGCAUUUAUGUGGCAUUUAUGGCUUAUAUUUGGCGGUCACUGCCGUCCAGUAUAAGACUAUAUUUUUCAUGGAUUUAAUGGCAUUAUUUGCAUCGUUUGGGACUUUAUGUGGCGCCCAUAGGCUGUGGUCUCACCGCUCAUUCAAAGCCAAACUCCCGUUUCAGAUCAUAUUAAUGGUAUUGUCGACACUGGCCUUUCAGAGUCCCGCAUACGAGUGGGCGCGCGAUCAUCGCCUGCACCACAAAUACAGCGACACCGACGCCGACCCACACAACUCGCGGCGCGGGUUCUUCUUCUCACACAUCGGUUGGCUUAUGUGUCGCAAACACCCGGAAGUGAAGGAAAAGGGAAAGACCAUAGAUGUCAGUGAUCUCGAUAGCGACCCUCUGCUUCAGUUCCAGAAGAAGUAUUACCUGUUGUUGGGAGCCUUCAUAUGGGGUUUAGGACCCGCUUAUAUACCGCACUGGCUUUGGGACGAACCGCUGUGGAGUUCGUGGUUCGUGUGCGUUAUGCUCCGCUAUUGUGUGUCUCUCAACACCACUUUUCUCAUCAACAGCGCCGCACAUAUGUAUGGCAUGAAGCCGUACGAUAAGAGCAUUGUUCCCGUCGAAGCGCAUAUGAGGCACUUUUUAGUGGGCGAAGGUUUUCAUAACUAUCACCACACGUUUCCUAUGGAUUACUCGGCCUCAGAGUUGGGAGCAAUCGAUACGUUCAAUCCGGCGACGGCUUUCAUAGACAUGUUUGCGGCCAUCGGUUGGGCCUAUGAUCUGAAAAAGCCGUCAAACGAUGUCGUGAAGAGACGACAGACCAGAUGUGGUGACAUUCACUACUCAUUCAGAUCACGGCUUUCGGAACAAAUCGUCGGACUGGGCAAAAGAUAG